AGCUUUUUCACCAUUUUGUUCACCCUUUCUGAUUUGAUUUUUGCCUUAGGAAGCCGUUAUGGCGCACCAAAAUCCACGGCUUCGGGGUAGGCAGCCGGCUGCGCAACGGGUUUAUAGGAGUUCGCAGAUAAGGUAUGCUCCUGGAGCUGGUGGGGAGUCUGAAAUCAGCUGUUGCGUUAAAUAUUCCGUGUUUGGUUUCAACGUUAUGUUCUUUCUUAUCGGAUUUGCCUUGUUACUAAUAGGCGUUUGGGCGCAAAUAGAGAAGAAUAAUAUCUACAGUCAUUUGAACAAGGCUUCCAAGCUGUAUCUUGAUCCGACAUGGCUGCUUCUUGUUGUUGGACUUGUAACUUUUGUAAUAGGGUUCAGCGGCUGUGUUGGUUCACUGCGAGAAAAUACCUCCUUCCUUACUUUUUAUUCGUCAUUGCUCGGUUUGCUAUUGAUUGCGGAAUUCGCAGGUGCAGUGUUUGCGUAUGCUUGUCGAGAUCAGCUCGACACCUACAUAAGGAAUUUACUCAAUGACGUGGUUGUUGGUUAUCGCGAUGAUCCUGACUUACAAGUCCUAAUCGACACUAUGCAGGAGUCAUGGCAUUGUUGUGGUAUAAACGGGGCUGAUGAUUGGGACAGGAAUACUUACUUCGCUGUUGCCGCUCGUGAGGUCUCUUCACCCGAAGCAGGAGGCGUGCCAUUUUCAUGCUGUCUUAACAGCAGCCAAAUGGCUUUCAAGAACUUUUAUUGUGGACAUGGCGUGCGAUUGAAGGAGCACGCACAAACUUCCAUGAACUCCAUAUACACUGAUGGCUGUUUACCAAAAUUGCAGUUGUGGCUAAACAAUAAUGUUUUUCUUGUUGGAGUCGUUCUCAUAAUAGUCGCGGUAAUUCAGAUAUUAGGCAUUUGCUUCGCUCAGAAUCUGAAAAGCGAUAUUUUCGCUCAAAGAGCAAAAUGCCUGUGUGUUGGUGGAUCACUUCUAGUUGGAGUUGUUGCGUUAUCAGCUGGUUAUCCGCACGACGUUGUUGACUUUGCUACAUUAAUAGACUGGUUAAGAACCAGCAGCGAUGGCUCUUCUCCAGAAAUCAUAUCAAGAUUACCAGAAUCAUUUCAUAACUAUAUGAAAAAAGAGUUACCAUAUCGUCGCGCUGCUGCCCUCGUUUUUAUUGCUAUUGUACUCGGGAUGGGUACACCGCUUUGGUAUCGUACAACUCAAACAUAUCGUGCACAUUUCGAGACAUUUCCCGAGGAUAUGACCAUCUCUGUCAAUAUUCGGAUCAACCUUGCAACCACCAAUGAAAGUUUAACGGAGGAAUUAAAUUCUAUGACCAAGGUGUUACUGAAUAAACUCGCGGACAUUGAAGUCAAAGCGCCAUUGAAAAUUAGCUGGAGCAUAAAAAAUCUGGGCUUGAGAGAUCUGCAUUCUUUGGAGACUGAGCGCUUGCCGAAAUCUAAUUCACUCGAAAUUUUUGCUGCCAUCGUUUCACCGCAACAGUGGCCUCAUUUCUCUGCUACCAGUAUAUAUCUCGGGCGUGGUCGUUGGGCUGCAGUUCAAUAUACGUCUGACAGCAGCAAAUUUGAAGAGAGGCUGCAGAAUCUUAUUUGGGAGGUGCUCAUAGAUGUCCCCCAUCUCAACUCCAUUGUUAAGCGCGAUCUUCGCGAGAAAUUGCAGCCAUGGCAAAUAGCUGCCUUAUCGCCAUCUCAACAGAAGCGAUUGAUUUGGGAUUCUGCUACACUAUCUAUGGACUACAUCAUUCAAGUAGUUCAUGUACAUGACAAUGCUAAUUCGUCAGUGAUUUCCUCGAAUGAUAUGAUGCAAGCGAUGAGGAUGUUUGCGAAAAGGCUUGAACCGGUCACUCAUUUACAGAUUAGUGCUGAACACCUGUGGGAUUUCGAAGUCUCCAACUUCUUUGAAGACGAUGUGCAGGGCCGGAUUACGCUUUCUCAGCCAGAAACGGAGCGGCUUCUCAAAGAGGUAGACUCUCAGCUCCAGACGGUUGAAUCAUCUUUCCCUGUGCUGAAAAUUUUACUGAUUGAGAAGUCCGAGCCUGUGGUCAUGCUGGAUACUUUCGGCGAAGACAGUCGAGGCAUUGCAGUAGCCUCGUGGGGGGCUGUCAUACCUCGCAUAAGCCUAGGGGAAACGGAAGAAAGUGCACAGCCGGCUGCGAGAGCAUUGGCUGCUCUGAGAGUGCUGCUCGGUAUGGACAGCGAACUAUCAGCUACAUGGAAACGUGAUCCUGUACCUCUUGCUGAUUGGGAGAUUGAACGGUUGCGGCUGCGUGCUAUUGUGGACAACGCCAUGCGAGCUAAAUCUGCUGUGCAUGCUUUGAAGGCGUUAACGGAGAAAAUAACAAAUGUUGUAAUUGGUGACGAUGUUGCCGCAAAAGCGAAUCAAGCCGUAAAGUUGGUGACGGAGGGUCUAUCGGACCCUGAAGCCCCACAACUCGAUAAGAUAGCUGCUGGUCGUACGCUGGCUGACGAGGCACUCUCGCAUCCGUCGUUGCUCGCCAUGCUUUACUUUCCGAAGGACCAAACGAUGGCCGUAUACCUUCCCAUCAUGCUGCCCACCCUCAUUCCUCUUAUCGGUUCUAUCGUUGCUCUUUGCAAAUGGGCUCUUGGAUGGGCAUAUUAGACUUUUUGACUUAUUCUACGGGAGUAGGUGUGGAAAAAUCAAAGUCAAAUGAUGUUAAGGCGGGAUCAUCUCACAUUUAUCACUUUGUUAUUUUAUCUAUUGUGUCAUACCGAUACAUAUCCAUUCGUUCUAGUGUUGCCAUUGUAUUUGGGAGUUGCACAUAUGGAUUUUCCCAGAAAUUGUAGUCUUGAGUGCGCGUUUGCUCUGCCGCAGCUGCCGCUCACACUUUUUUCUUUAUUACCUCGCGUUUCAUGUGGCUUUCAUGCUAGUAUGAUAUUGAAGUCUGAAACAUCGCGGCUAUUGCUUAAUGAUCAUUGUAUAGCAUUGCAAUCGGUUGUGUUUUUCAUCUGUGC